AUGUGUAUCACAGCCAUAUUUAACUGUCCUGCUGGUACUUUCUUUAAAUAUGGUUCAUGCAUCAGAUGUGAGAAAGGCUUUUACCAGGCUAAAGAGGCUCAAUUAUCGUGCACACCGUGUCCACAAGGAAGCACGACUCUCUCAGAAUAUGCCAAAUCACAACUCGAAUGCAAAGCACCUUGCAAACCGGGCACCUAUUCAGAAAGUGGAAUAGAGAGCUGUUUAGCCUGUCCGAUAGGAACAUACCAAGGAAGGGGGAGACAGACAAAGUGUUUCCCAUGUCCAAUUGGCUUGGCAACACCCAUACCAGGGGCAACAUCUCUUGAACAAUGCCAAGGUCAUUGUAAACCUGGAAAUUAUUCAUCAAGUGGUCUUACUCCUUGCAAGCAAUGUCCGUUUGGAACAUACCAGUCGCUAAGCAAGCAAUCAAUGUGCCGUUCAUGUCCUAAUGGAACAUACACAGCAGUGGAAGGGGCCUGGUCAAAAGACUUCUGUCAGAUAAUUGAUGAGUGUCUGAUGUCUCCCUGCCUAAAUAAUGGAUUUUGUUAUGACUUAGAAAAAGGUUACAAAUGCAUUUGCCGAGACGGUUUUACAGGUGAUAACUGCGAGGUAAACGUGGAAGAUUGUUCACCUGGGAUUUGCAAGAAUGAUGGUACAUGUGUUGACCAAGUCAACGGGUUCAUGUGUGUUUGUCCAACUGGUUUCAAAGGCCGAACAUGUGUGGUCAACAUUGAUGAUUGUAAAAAUAAUCAUUGCCGUGGUAAUUCAGUAUGCGUGGAUGGUCUAAACAGCUAUACAUGUGCAUGUGCUGCAGGAUUUACUGGACGAUUAUGCGAAAUUAACUAUAAUGACUGUGCCAGUAAUCCGUGUGUUAAUGGAGGGACAUGCUUUGAUCAUAUUGGGAACUUUACUUGCUGUUGUCCACCAGGGUAUGAAGGUUGGACGUGUGCAGAAGAGGUGGAUGAAUGUCAUUCUCAGCCGUGUCAGAAUGGUGGUCACUGUAUUGAUGGACUGAACUCAUACCGUUGCUUGUGCCAACCAGGAUAUGCCAGUCUCGACUGUGAAAUAGAGCUCGAUGAAUGUUACAAUGUCACAUGCUUAAAUGGUGGAUCUUGUAAAGAUUUAGUUAAUGACUUUAAGUGUAUCUGUCUUCCUGGAUUUAUUGGUACCCACUGCCAAAUAGAGUUGAGUUCAAAUUUUGACCUGUUGUUCCCAAGUGCCAAACUAUCAGACUUUGCUAUAUAUAGAGACAUACCAGACUUGUAUGCUUUCACUAUUUCAUUUUGGAUGGAGACUUCUGAUGAAGCAAACUUUGGGACGCCGAUAUCAUAUGCUACCAUCGGCCUGGAUGGCAGUGUGGUAGAUAAUGCCAUUACUCUUUUGAACUACAAGAAUUUCAUAUUAGAUAUAAAUGGAGAGCAUAUCUAUACAGGUGUAAAAGCAAAUGAUGGAGUCAGGCAUCACAUCUGUAUAACAUGGGACAGUCUGGAUGGCUCCUGGUAUAUAUACUUGGAUAACGUUUUAGCAAAUUCUGAUGGCGGUGUCCAGCGUGGAAACUUCAUCAGGGGAGGUGGGGCGUUUGUUAUUGGACAGGAACAAGACAGUCUAGGUGGUUCUUUUGUACAAAUUGAAGCUUUUGUUGGAAGAAUCAGCCAGGUGAACGUAUUUGAUUAUGUGCUAUCAGCCCACGAGCGUUUAACAUUGUUCAAAAGCUGUCAAAUGUAUGGGAACGUACUUGCAUGGCCUCUCAUUGCAACAGCAGUCCAAGGAGAAUUGGUACCAGCAUAUUCAUCAGCAAUAUGUCAAA